AUGGCGCUGCAGCUCAUGGAGACCGUGUUCUCCCUUCUCUUCAGACUUGCAAUAUUCAUAUUUCUUAGAGUGAUUCCAACGACCUUGGGCAAACAGAUUAUCCCUACUUUGUUUAUUGCAUGGAUAUCGGCGUUUUGGUUAACUGGGAGGAGUAAAGAGACGAAUAAGACGUCGCAGAAGGAGGCCAAGGAUCAACCUUCACCCCAGUCGGCGGGGGCUCUGACAACGAUCGUGCUAUCUCUGCCCACGCAAUCUCGGGGCCUAAGACUAGCUAAUGCCGCCAUAAAUGUGCUCUUGCUCCUAGCAGCAGUAGAGUUUGUUGCCUACCCAUUCUUCGACGCCGCACAAGACGUCGUGUUUACGCGUAUUGGAGCGGUGUACCCUGAUGGCGUCAAAAUUACCGUCCGGCAUCCGCUGGUUGAAGAGGAAUCUCAGUCAUUGCAUAUAAUAUGGAGAGAGGCUCAGGGAGGCUUCAAGAAUUGGACGACCGGUCCUGAGUUGAAGUUGAUAGAGGCGAACGACUGGGUGAGCACGGUGCAACUCAAAGGACUAUGGCCAAAGACGAAAUAUGAAUAUAGACUUUCUUGGGACAACGGAACGCUGCUUGAAUAUCCUCAGAAUCCUAUACCAUUCCGUACUUUCCCCGACGCACAGCUAACAACUGCUACGCGCUUCCGAUUUGCGGUAACGUCGUGUAUCAUACCUAAUUUCCCGUACGUCCCGCUGCAAGGGAGGACAAUCAAGGGCUUCGAUCUACUUGCCGACUAUCUCGGUGUAAACGAUGUCGCUACCACUAUUACUUCGCUUUCCAAGCCGUUCCCGUCUCCGAUGGAGUUCAUGCUUUUCCUGGGAGACUUCAUAUAUGCCGACGUGCCUGUAUUUAUUGGCGACACUAAAGAAGCGUACAGACGACUUUACCGACGCAAUUACCAAAGUUCAAGUUUCAGAAAAAUCUACGAGAAAUUUCCUAUCUUCCAUGCCUACGACGAUCACGAAAUUCUAAAUAACUAUGCUGGGAAAGGAAACGACUCUAUGCCUCCCUUCCCCAGCGCCUCCGACGCGUUCAAGAUCUACAAUGCAGACGGCAAUUAUAAUACGACGCCGCACGAGCAUCAUUACGAAUUCCGCUACGCCGAUGUUGCUUUUUUCGUCAUGGACACGCGCCGAUAUAGGUCUGGCAUCUACGAGGGCGACGAAGUCCCUACGAUGCUGGGAGACAAACAACUCGUUGAAUUGUACUCUUGGUUAGGAAGGGUGAACAAUACGGCGACAUUCAAGUUCAUCGUCACCUCAGUCCCUUUUACCUCCCUCUGGGGACAUGACGCGCAGAUGGAUUCCUGGGCGGGGUACAGAACAGAAAAGGCUGCACUCCUCGAGAAGGUUCACUCCGUCCCUAACGUCAUAUUCCUCUCCGGCGACAGACAUGAAUUUGCUGCAAUCGAAUUCAACUCAGAGGAUGGGUACCCCGUGUACGAGUUUUCGACGAGUCCGUUGAAUAUGUUUGACGUUCCGUUCUUCCGUACGCUGGCUCCAGAAAGUCUGGAGAAAGUGAAGAGGUUUGUGCCGGUUGCGUUCACGGAGGACAGCGAUGAGCCGACGACUGUGGUCGAGGAAGUGCCACAGGAGAGAGUGCUGAAAUAUUUACCCAAAGGAAAUCACAAAUGGUCGGUGAUCGAGGUGGACACGCGAAACUCCGAUGAGCCCAUUUUGCGGGUAGAGGUAGUGAUUGAUGGGAAACUAGCAUACAGCCACGAAAUCAUUGGCCGACCGGUGUCCUUACCGACAGGCUCAGCCUUGGGAGCAUUCGCGCCUCUCAAAGGAGUGCUCACGAAGAUGGGAAUCAAUCCCAGUAGGUGGUUUUGGAUCGCUAGUCUACCCAAUAUCAUGUAA